AUGAGUGUGGAUGCGGCCAUUCCUCCACCAGCGGAUUCCUCCAAGGUGAUGAAUGGAAUGAUGGACCGGCCGAACGGGGUGAGCAACGGGCAUUCGGGCAGUGGAGGUGAAAACGGCGAUCGUCAUAAAAGCCACAAAAGCUCGAGUAAGGAUAAGCACCGAGAUAAAGAUCGUGACAAGAACCGCGAGAAGGACAAGCAUCGUGAUAAGGAUCGCGAACGAGAUAAAGACAAGAACCGCGAUAAGCACAAGAGUAGUAGCAGCCACUCGUCAUCGUCGAAGAGUGGAACCAGUACGUCCAAGGAUAAGGAGCGGUCGGAUAAGGAGAAAAGCAGUUCUCACAGUAGCAGCAGCAAGGAUAAGGAAAAGAGCCAUCAUAGCAGCUCUUCGUCGCACAAAAGCUCCAGAAGUGAUAAGGAACGGUCGAAGGAUAAAGAACGGGAUAAAGACAAACAUCGUUCGCGGGAGGAUGGCAAAGAUCGGAGCGAUCGUGACAAGAAGGAUAGGGAACGCGACAAGAGCAGCCGUAGCGAGAAGGACAAGGAUAAGGACAAGCACAAAUCAGCAUCUUCUUCUACGUCGAACAGUAAAGACAAGGAUCGAGAUAAACAUAAGAGCAGCUCCAGCAGCUCCAGCCGGGACAAGAACAAACAUUCCAGCAAGAAGGAUAAGGAUAAGCACUCUUCAUCAUCAUCGUCGUCCAAGAGCAAGGAUCGUCGCCGGGAGGAAAAGGAACCUAGUACGACCGAGGUGAAGGUGAAGGAGGAACCGGAUUCUGGUUCGAGAACGUUUUUAAAUGGCGAAGGUCACAUGCUGCCGCAAAAUGAUACGAUGCAGAGCAAUCGUGCUGGAGCGACGGGUCCGAUGGAUGUUUCCCAGGCAAGCUCGUGUGAUUACUCAAUGUCACAGUUCCGUGCUGACGAAACUCCGUUCCCAUUGAAAGCCGAAACUACUGACUAUAAUAAUGUUUCGAAUGAGGACGGAUUCUAUCAAGAGCAUGAUGAGGAUGAUGGAGAUGAAGGCAGCCGUUACAAUGAUUUUAACAACGAGAAUGGUCAUCACGAACAGCAGCAGCAACAGCAAGGAUAUUUUGGUGGAAUGCAACAACAACACGAACAGUAUCAGGCGAACGUGGCCGCAAUCAAACACGAACAAUCCGAUGUGAAGCAAGAGCCACAAUCGGGACAGGAAGAAUCCGAGGAUGAUAUCCCACUGUCCAAACGGAAGAAAAAGGAUGUGGACGAUGCGUAUGAAAAUGGUGGGAAGAAGAAAAAGAUGAAGACGGAGAAAAAGGAUAAAAAGAAGAACAAAAAACGUUCGUACGAAUCCGAUGAUGCGAAUGACGACGAUGAGGACGAUAUCGAUAGCAAGAAGAAGGUGAAGAAGUCGAAGAUCAAGAAGGAGCCAGCUGCGACGCAGAGUGCAAAGAAGAACACCAAACCGACCGUCAGGACUGGAGCAACUACCCAAUCAAGUCCUACGAAGGGUGGAAGGGUAAAGAAGGAAGAGGAGGAGCAGGAAGUGUGGAAAUGGUGGGAAGAAGAAAAGCGUGACGAUGGAGUAAAAUGGAAGUUCUUGGAGCAUAAAGGGCCCGUGUUUGCACCAGCGUACGAACCAUUACCGUCGCACGUUCGGUUUGAGUACAAUGGAAGGGAAAUGAGGCUUUCGCAGAAUGCAGAAGAAGUGGCAGGAUUUUACGCUCGUAUGCUGGAUCACGAUUACACUUCCAAGGAUGCAUUCAACGAAAAUUUCUUCAAAGAUUGGCACAAAACGAUGACAUCGCACGAAAAACAACAGAUUACUAAUUUGGAAUUGUGCAACUUCCGUCCGAUGGCUGCCUACUUUGCCGAGAUUGCCGAGAAGAAUCGAAACCGCACGAAGGAAGAAAAGGCUGCGUUGAAGGCAGCGAACGAACAGCUGACUAAAGAGUACGGCAUUUGCGUAAUUGACGGGCACAAGGAAAAGAUAGGCAACUUUAAAAUAGAACCUCCUGGGCUGUUCCGUGGCCGUGGAGAACAUCCGAAGAUGGGAUUGGUGAAGAGGCGCGUCAUGCCGGAGGAUGUUAUCAUCAACUGUUCGAAGGAUAGUAAAAUACCGUCCCCACCGCCGGGCCACCGAUGGAAGGAAGUGCGCCAUGAUAACAGCGUAUCGUGGUUGGCCUCCUGGACCGAGAACGUGCAGGGACAGGUAAAGUACAUUAUGUUAAACCCGAGCUCGAAGCUAAAGGGCGAAAAGGAUUGGCAGAAAUACGAAACGGCACGCCGCUUGCUGAAACACAUCGAUCGCAUACGGGAUACGUAUCGUGAGGAGUGGAAGAGCAAGGAAAUGCGCAUCCGACAGCGUGCCGUUGCUAUGUACUUUAUCGAUAAGCUAGCGCUGCGUGCGGGCAAUGAAAAGGAUGACGAUCAGGCGGAUACCGUUGGUUGCUGUUCGCUGCGCUACGAACAUAUUGAGCUGCACAAGGAGCUUAACGGCAAGGAGAAUGUGGUUGUGUUUGACUUUCUCGGUAAGGAUUCCAUCCGGUACUACAACGAGGUGGAGGUCGAAAAGCGUGUGUUCAAGAAUUUGGAGCUGUUCAAGGAGAACAAAAAGGCUGGGGACGACCUUUUCGAUAGGUUAAACACGACUGUCGUAAACGAAUAUCUGAAGGGAUUGAUGGAUGGGCUUACUGCUAAGGUGUUCCGUACAUUUAACGCUUCUUACACGCUGCAAAAGCAACUGGAAGAACUAACAGAUCCCAGCUAUUCGGUGCAGGAGAAACUGCUCGCCUACAACCGUGCUAAUCGUGCCGUGGCUAUUUUGUGUAACCAUCAACGGGCUGUUCCAAAAACGCACGAGAAAAGCAUGGGCAAUCUGAAGGAAAAGAUUCGCUUAAAGCGCGAAAAUGUUGACCAAUGUCAAAAGGAAUUGAAGGAUCUCAAAAAGAGCAAUGUUCGUGAUCCAACUGCGUAUGAAAAGAAAAAUAAGCAACUGGAAAGACUUAAGGAGCAACUGAAAAAGCUGGAACUCCAGGAAACGGACAGGGACGAAAACAAGACGAUCGCUCUUGGUACAUCCAAGUUAAACUAUUUGGAUCCACGCAUCUCCGUGGCUUGGUGCAAGAAAUUCGGCGUUCCAAUCGAGAAGAUUUUCAACAAGACACAGCGUGACAAAUUCCGAUGGGCGAUCGAUAUGGCUGACGAGACCUACGUGUUUUAA